AUGACAAAGAAAAAAAUUCAACCAGGAAAAUCGAAUAAUUUAAUUUCAGAAGGAGUUUCAGAGGAAAUAAAAUCAUGUCGACCGUUACGUUUGUUUAUUAAUAAACAAAAGAAGAAAGGAAGUCAUGUCAAUCCAUUUGCUUUACGAUCGAAAUUUCUUCAAUUAUCAUCAGAAAAACAAAUGAAAUAUUAUCAAAAAUCGAUCGAUAAAUUUAUUCAAUUACUUGAUGACAAGGAUAUUGAUGAAAAUGCGCAAAUUGAAGGGAAAUUGUUCGAAACUCUCUUGACGAAAAGUGAACAAAAGAAAUACUUUGAAUCAAUAAGUGCACCAAUUAAACCAGUGAAUACAGCAGCCGGAUAUUAUGCUGAAAUUAAAAAACAAGAAAAUGAUGAUAAUCCAACAGCAUGGAAAUUAUUGAGUGCCGACGAAAAAAAAAAGUACACUAACUUGUUACGCGAUGCUAAAGAUGAUUAUAAUUCUCAAAUAAAACAUUUUUCUGAAAAUUUACCCGAACGUCUCAAAGUAGAAUAUUUGUCAUUUGUUAAACACCCACGUACAACUGCUCAUGUUAAUGGUAGUAACAAUGAAAAUUCAAGUCCGGCACCGAUAAGUCAACGUCGUAAAUCUGUUCAGCCGAUUCCUGAAAAUUUUCAAGCCUUGAUAGAUGAUGCGCAACAAAAAUUAAACCGAGCUCAACUUGAUGCGUUGCAUAAGUGUAAACCCGACGUUUUGUAUUACGAGAAAAAAAAUUCUGAUGAUGACAGAUUAACAUUUAUAAAUACAACAGCUAAAAAUACUUACAUCCGAACAAUAUUUAAUCAACUAAGCGAAAAGAAGAAACAUAAGUUUGUAUUAAAAUCAACUAGAAAAUGGGAAGAAUUUCUUCAAUCGCAUCCGACAAUAAUUGAAAAUCAAAUUCCAACACUACAUUUAUUGUUAGCAAAAAAUGAUUACGCACAUUAUUAUUUUACAUCUCUUGGUUUACCAGAACGACCACCAGCUACUGCACUUCUCUUGUUUAAUUAUGAACGACAAGAAGCAGAUUCACAACAAAAUUGGACUGAUCUAUCGCAAUCAACAAAAGAUGAAUUCAUUAAACGUUUAUCAAAAAUAAAACGUGACUAUCAUCAACAUUUUCUUGAAUUUGUUGAAAAAACUUUACCAUCAGAUUAUGUUCGGCUCGAAUUCUUUCGUCAUAUUAAACAUGCAGCUAAAGAUUAUGAAACAGCUAUAAAAGAUCGAGUCGACGAAAAAGAUGAUGGACAAUUAAAAAUUACUCAAUAUUUAGUAAAAAAACAAAUUAUAGAACUCACUCCUAUGAGUGAAUUCGAUCGAAUCAAACAAAAACUAUUAAACACCGAUUUAACUCAUGAACAGAGGAAACUUGUUCGACGACUUGGAAUUAUUAUGAAUAAAAAUAUAUCUUCAUGA